UGCACCAUUCUUCUGUCCGCUGCACCUUGGGUCGGAUCAGUGUCCUCUAUAGGGCUCUCUCCUCUUUACAUUUUUUUACUUUUGUGUAUAGGCUCGAUAGGUCUAAACCAGGGGAGAGGGGAGGGGGGGGACGCCUAUACUCACAUCCACACACACACAUAGGCGCUCACAUCCGCACACACACGUAGGAAAAGAGGGCUUUUUUUUUUUUUUUUUUUUUUUUUUUUUUUUUUAAUUCCUCUGUUAAUUUGCCUGCCGAUUUGGAAUCUCAGUAGUAAUGGAGGGACAGUGGAGAUUCUGGACGGAGUGGUGGCUAUCAUUUUUCAAAGAGGGAAGUUACUCCAUUUUCUAUGCAAAUGACAGAAAUGCAAGAAGCUAUCACAAGUCAGAGAGGCAAUCGACGGCUAUCAGGUUGGGACAAUAUUUGUCAGCUAACAGAUAAGCAAACGCUGUCUCUCUCUCCCUAUGUAUUUUACUUAUACCACAGAAAUGGACGCCAAAAGGAUGUGGAUUUUGCAGGAAAAGAAACGAAAAAGACACAAAACGCGAAAAGCGAAGGUUUGGGUGAACCGAGCGCAGCUUUCUUUAAGAGAGGAUGCAAAUCUAUGGCGCCUGCUAUUGGUCAGCCCAUGAUCAGAUGGUUGUAUUUCCUUGUGUCCCUCGCUGGCACCACGCCAUCUCCCUUCAGCUAAAACCCAAUCUCCGAUAUACUACUAAUAGCUAAACCACUUGGACUAUAAAACACAACAAAUCAUAAAGCCGGGAAAGGACGGCAGGCUCCUUCCAAUGAGUUCUUAUUUUGUCAACUCGACCUUCCCGGUGAGUCUGGCGGCGGGGCAGGAGCCCUUCCUGGGACAGAUCCCGUUAUAUCCCUCGGGCUAUGCGGAUCCUUUGAGGCACUACCCCAGCACCUAUGGAGCCACGGGAGUCCAGGAGAAGGGCUAUGCCUCCUCUCCCUACUACCAGCAAAGCAACGGAGCCUACAGCCGCAGCUCCGCCUGUGACUAUGGGGCCGGCGGCUUUUUCAGGGAGAAGGACCCUGCGUGCCCCCCCCCCAACCUGGACGAGGUCCCCUUCGCCCCCGAGCCGCGCAAGUCGGACUGCGCGCAGAGCAAAACUGUGUUCGGAGAGAGCGAGGAGCAAAAGUGUUCCGCCCCGGUUUACCCCUGGAUGCAGCGGAUGAACUCUUGCAAUAGUGAGUUUACUCUUUUACAGAAAUAAAUACAUCAAUCUCCUCCCCCCCUUUCUUAUUUGUUACCGCCAGAGUGAGAGAGCGAGAGAGCGAGGGAAGCAGGAAUAAGGUUCACUUUAGAGCCCAAACUUCCAGCGGGGAACUUAGGCAACGUGAGAGGCUCCAAGUUCUCCCGACACGCACCAAAACUUCACGCCGUGAGGCUCUGCUCCUCUCGCCCAGCUCCCCCCGCUUCCCCCCUAGAACAGCAGCGAACAACUUUGCUCCGUAUUGAAUCCCCAGUUACAGUAUUUCUGUCCCCCCACCCCCCCCUUUCUUUUUUUUUUUUUUUUUUUUUUUAAUUUCACAUUCCAAUUUGCGUGUCACGCAGUUCCAGCGAUUUGUCUCUGUCUUUCCCCGAACGGACGGGGAGAUCUCCCCCAGUUCAGAGCUGGAGGACUCGGCACCCGCACGGACCCGCACCCCCACGCACCCCCCUUGUAGCCGAGCUGCAGUUAAAUAACAUAGAAGUGUUUAAAUAUUUGAAAGGAGGGAGAGCUACAUUUUUAAUGAAACUUACACAUAAUGAAAAGUCUGCCCGGGGAGAAUUUUUUUUUUCCCCUGGUGAUAUAUGACUUCUUUAAGUGCUGUUUCCUCAAUCAGGAGAAGGGAGAGAAAAAAAAAAACAGGGGGGGGGAGAGAGAGAAAAAUAAUAGAGGCUCACCA